UCCGCGAGAUACGCCAUAGCAGAUGUAGGCAAUUCCACGAGAUUUGCUGAGAUGUAGGCGAUUACACGAGAGUCUCUGAGUUGUAGGCGAUUCCACGAGAGUCGCUGAGAUGUAGGCGUUUCAACGAGAUUUGCUAAGAGGGUUGCAUUUCCACGAGAGGCACAGGUGUUUACACGAGAUACCUCCCAGUCUAAAAGUUCGAGUUAUUUGUGUUGGGUGACACACAGCUAUAACCAACAAACCAACAUACCAAUAUUGAACGAACGCCAACAAAAUGAAAGUGAAUGGAAGAAAACUUCCUGCUAUUAUGACUAGCUAAUUAUAAGUAAAGUUUGAAACAUUUUCACUGCAGUUGAUUUGCAUGGUCAUUUCUUUAUAAAAAAUCAAAAGUUUGGCAACUAAUGAAGGCAAUUGUCAGUUGUGUUUAGACCAAUCAGAUGGAUCCACAGCAACUAAUUUUGGAUGGAACAAAGUUUGCUGAGAAAGCAAUUUUUCAUGACCAAGCAGGCCAAUAUGGUGUGGCUCAAUUUUUUUAUAUUGAAGCUUCAGAAGCUAUUUUGAAAGCAAUAGCCCUUGACACAUCAUUACUGAGCUUAAAAAACAAAGCACUGCAGUACAUCGAACGAGGAGAAACUUUGCAAAGUUUAGCUAGUAACAGCCCUGCCGAAGCUCUUCAAAGACAUUUGUCACAAUCAGAAUCGCAGAAAGAGAUGGAGCAGAUUGAGUUUCUUUUGGUUCAAGCAAUGUCUGAAGAUGAAAAUGGAUCUCCACAAACCGCACUACCACUAUACACUGAUGUUGUCGAAUUGUGCUUAGAAAAGAGUAAGAAAAUUUCAGAUCCUUUAACAAAGGAUAAAUUGAAAAAAUGGACAACAGGAGCCUUGGGAAGGGCUGAAGCAAUAAAAAGUGGGAACAAGUCAAGGCCUGCAACAAGAACUGCUGCUGCUAGUACGGCGCAGAUGCCUGCUGUCAACAGACUUAGUUUGAAACAUGUUCCUGAUGGAAAACCUAAGUUAUCAAAAAAAGAAAUUGAAACGUUGAGACACACUUCACAUGUUAACAACAGAGUUUUCCCACCGUGGAUGGAUGUUGAUUUAAAUGAGCGGUUUGCUUAUCGAAUUCCAUUCAGUGACCCUGGUGGAAAUUUAGCACUUGCACCAAAACAGAAAAGUAAAUUUGCAAGUUGGGUCAGGCCAUCAGAUAUUUGCCAAGAUCCUAAAAUGAUAUAUGCUGUGUCAAGUUUCAGCAUCAAACAGACCAUAGUGUCAGAUUGUUCGUUCGUUGCAUCUCUUGCUAUAAGUGCUGCUUAUGAAAGACAGUUUAAAAAACGACUAAUAACUAGCAUUAUAUAUCCUCAAAAGAAAGAUGGCACUCCAAUGAUUAACCCUUGUGGUAAAUAUAUGGUGAAGUUGAAAUUCAAUGGUGUUGCGAGAAAGGUGAUUAUUGAUGACAAAUUGCCAUUAGGAAAAAAUAACCAAUUAUUAUGUUCGUUCUCACAAAAUGAAGAUGAAUUCUGGGUCAGUCUUUUAGAAAAAGCAUACAUGAAAGUUAUGGGUGGCUAUGACUUUCCUGGAUCGAACUCUAAUAUAGAUUUGAACACCUUAACUGGUUGGAUACCUGAAAGAGCCUCUUUAAAAUCCGAAGAUGUGAAUCAUGACGUACUUUUUGAUAGACUUGUAUCUGGGUUGGAAAAAGGAGAUGUUCUAGUAACUGCAGCUACUGGAAUGUUAAGUGACACAGAUGCAGAGAGAGCAGGACUUGUUCCUACACAUGCAUAUGCGGUGUUGGAUGUGAAAAAAGUACAGGGUAAACGACUGUGUCAGUUAAAAAAUCCUUGGAGUCAUUUAAGAUGGAAGGGUAAAUACUCGGAUACAGAUUCUGAAAGUUGGACACCGGAGUUAGAACGAAUACUACGUUACAAUCAUGUUAAAGCUGCUCAAAAUGAUAAUGGCGUUUUCUGGAUCAACUGGGAGUCACUUCGAAGAUUUUACGAUGUUAUUUAUAUGAACUGGAAUCCAAAGUUAUUUCCAUACAAAUUUACGUAUCAUUCGAAAUGGCAAGCUGCAGAAGGUCCUGUGAAAGAUGCAUACAAUAUAGGCGACAAUCCUCAAUAUCGAUUAGAAGUUCAAGCAGGUAACGAAGGAUGUGUUCUCUGGAUAUUGUUAACACGCCAUAUAACUGAAAGGGAUGAUUUUGCUGAAAAUAAAGAAUUUAUAACACUUCAUGUUUAUAAAUCUGAUGGUCGAAGAAUCUUUUAUCCAGAUAACCGAUUCAUCGAAGGUACGAAAAUUAAUUCCCCGCACUAUUUAUGCAAGAUGAAGCCACCUGCUGGAACUUCCAAAUACACAGUGGUGUUGUCGCAGUAUGAAAAAAUGAACACAAUUUAUUAUUCGCUAAAGGUACAUUCUACAGCGAAAUUCCAUUUAUCGCCCGUACCAGAAGUUUACACAUCCAAAAAGAAGAUAACCGUUUCAUGGACGAAAAACACAGCUGGUGGUUGUGCAAAUUUCAGUACUUAUGAAAGUAAUCCGAAAAUUCCGCUGGAGUUGAUCUCAAGCACGCCUUCACAAGUUCUAAUAAAACUCGAAGCAAGCAGAAAAUAUGCUGCCGGUAUCGAACUAAGAUCAAUUGAUGGAAAAUAUAAGAAGACGUCUGGAGAUUACAGAUGGGGAUUUGUUGCUUUCGAUAUAAAAGAUGUUCCUGAAGGCAAAUACUUGAUAAUCCCAUCCACAUUUUCCCAAGGACAAGAAGGGCCGUUCUUUUUAGAAGUGCAAGCGUCGUGCGCUUUUAAACUUAAUGUAGCUUAAAAUAUGUGUAGACGACAUGAAGUCACACCUUACACUCGAUUUUUUAACGAAAAAAAUUAUAAAAAUAAUGCAUAAAGGACACAAAUUUAUAUACAUACAUACAUAUUUUAACAAGUUUGUACAUAUGGGGUGAGGCUAUUUAUUGGGUAUGCAGUUUAUAUGAAUCGAUAUUUCGUGUUUGGUCAUUAGUUUCAGCGCAGAAGUUUUUGUAAGAUAAGAUAAUCGAGAAACUUUUUAGAAAGUUAUUCUCUCGUGGUUCCUUAUUUGAUAGAGCUUGAAUUGCUGAUUUCAUGCCUUGUUUACAUGCCUAGACGCGAAAUUUGUGAGAAAUCAGUUAAUCUUUUAGUCUGCAAUUUUAAAGAGUGAAAUAGAGCGCGGGUUGAUAUGUUUCAAUAAAAUAAAGUUUCCACUUUCAUCGUAAAUAGCCGAUUUUGAAAAGAGCUACUUUGUCCCUACCAUACCCCAACUUUACGGUACCCAUUUCUCCCUGACUAAUUACUAGUGAUAACAAACAUCAUUUGAUCAAUUGAAAAUAUUAAUGUAAUAAAAAAUGAGUUGAUCUCUUUUAUAAACUGAUGUAAAUACGUGUUGUUGUUUUUUUUACAAAAAGUUUUUCAAAA